AACAGGUUGCAUUACACACUCGGGUGGGGCUUCUACUUCGUAUCCACACUACACCCUCUGGCUCUUUGCGCAAAGACGCACAAGGUUCUUAAAUACUCGGACGGACUACACACCGCCGUUGCCAGCCCGUCUAUCCUUCUCCUCCACCCUGCUUCGUUACACUCCGAUCGUCGGUCAUGUUUCGCUGUGGAAUCGCCUACCCCCGAUGCAGGUGGAUCGUGCCCCUGCUGCUGCUCUUCGCCAUUAUUUUUGACAUAAUCGCCAUUGCCGCCACGUCUGGAUGGGUCGAGGACGAGGACGCCAAGUCUCACUACGCCAGUAUGUGGAGCCAGUGCCGAGGGAGGAACGAACACUGGGAAUGCAAGUCGCUCAUGGAGUUCUCUUGGGCCCAGGCAGUGGCUGCUCUGAUGAUCAUCGGCCUCCUCAUCCUCAUCGUCGCUUUCAUCAUCUCCUGCGUGGCUCUGUGCUGCACGCUCAACAUCACUCUUCUGCCCUUCAUAGGAGUGCUGCUGAUUGUUGUUGUGAUUCUUCAGGUCAUCGCCCUCAUCAUCUACCCUGUCAAGUUCAACGAGCUGAUCUUUGAGGGUCACUAUUACUACACCUGGGCCUACGGCUUCGGCUGGGGCGCCACCAUCCUCUGCAUCGGCUGUGCCAUCCUCUUCUGCUGCCUGCCACGCUACGAGGAUGAGCUGACUGGCCUGGCCAAGACCAAAUACAUCUAUUCCUCAGCUUAAAGACAAAGCCCUGUGCAACCCACCCAUUUGCAGCCAUUUUCCAGUUUUUCGCCCUGAGCUGGAUCUGUGCUGGCCAUGAAACAUUUUUACACUGUACCAUUUCACCAAAGAUUCCACGACAGCUCUGGUUCAGUUAAAUUUGGUUCAGCAGCGGGAGAAAAAAAACGCUCCUCCACCAUCCGAGAGCGAAGCUAGAAGCGAGGGGUGAUUCAUACAGGAAAUGGACUGUGAUUGGAUGUUACAUCUGCUUUAAUGUACAGACCUCAAUUUUAGAUUAAGUCAGCAACAUAAAUGGUCAUUACAAUAUAUUUUUUUCACAUUCUGCAUUUGAGCAAAGCAUAUUGCUCAUUUUAACGUUUUAACCUGUAAUUCUCAAUGCAAAGUCACCUAAGUGCACUUAACCUAAGAGAUGUCAUUAAGUGUAAAGCAUAGCUUUAGCCUGCUUUAUCUCAGAUCUCUUAAAAGAGCAAUCCAAACUAAAAAAAACUGCACAGGAUGCAAAAGGAAUCAUUAAUCCUCAUUUGGGUUUGUCCUGUGUGUUAAAAUGACUUUUCUCAAUUUUCCAAUAUGUGUCUCUCAGUCUGUGUUGCUGUGCAGAAGGUAAGAAGGAAGCAAAGGCUUGGACCCAGAAGCUGAAUGUAAUCUAUACAUAUGGAAAUGUAUAUGUAGUUUAACAGUUGUUUUUGCACCCCUCAUAUGCAUGUUUUGAUCAUUUUCAUCUGCUGUCUCCAGAAUUUUGUAUUCUUAUUGACCAUUCUUAUUACCAAAUGGGUAUAACUGUGGGAGUUUGCUGUGCUGUCUUUGCAUCUGUUUUGAACACUACACUGCUAAUAAUACACUUUGUGAGUAGUCACAGAGGUUUGAUGGUUAUGAUAUGAUACCAAGGAAGAGGAGGUGUUUGAAUUGUCUGAUUUAGAUAAAUUUCCACCGAGCUCUCUAGAUUUAUUAAAAAAAAAAUAUAUAUAUAUAUAUAUGUAUAUAUAUAUAUAUAUAUAUAUAUAUAUAUUUCCUUCAAGAGAGACCAGGGUAUAAAAUCCCUUGACAUACUGUGUGUAAAACUUGUGCCUUACUUUCUUCAGUUUUCUGUCGUUGAAUCCCUGAAUAUUUUAUCAAACAGGUCAGUCUGGUUUUACUGACUUAAUGACACGUUCAACAGUCACAUUUCUGUUUAGACCAAGUUCAUGCCCAAACAAAUCAUUUUGUUGUAUUACAUGAGAGAGAGAGGUCCACAACUCAAAUUAUGCUUUCAAGUUGUUUAUGCAGCAAAUUGCUUCAUAAACUGCUAUAAUUUAAAUUUUAUUUUAUAAGAAUAAAGACAGUUUGAGGCAGGUUUGCACUUGAAGAAACUCUGCCUGUAUGUCCCAGAGGUGAGGUGAUAAACCUUUAUCUACAGGCAUGAAUCUGUUUGCAUCGCCAGCAUUUUUUAAAUCACUAUUAGUCACUGUGUGGGUAUAUACUGUUCUAUAGAGAUAAUGUCUUAUUUACUUUUGUCCACUUCUGGAAAUCACCCAGCUAUUUUUCUGCUGUAGUAUGAAUUGAUUAUUUUUGGUAGUCUGUGAAUUUUUAUUCAAUAAAAAGUUUCUUUUUUGAUGAGG